AUGUCAUCCACACCCACUUUUAAAGGAACCGUUAGCCACAAGACUGUCGGCAGAGGCAGGCUGCCCGACUUUGACAGUCACAUUCCUCGUCCUCGUCCAGAGCCUUCCUCCUCUACGACUCACACGCCACAGACCGCGUCCAGCGAUAUUGGAAGUACCACCAUGAGUGCCGCCAGCAGUCGACAGAGGCAGAACCACCCCCCGGGCACCGUCCUCGCAUUGAAGCCCAGCCAGGCCCUGCAGAUCAAGCCGAACACCUCCAUUGCCGAAGCCGCUCAAUUGAUGGCCGCCAAGAGAGAAGACUGCGUGCUUGUGACCGACGACGAUGAUCGGAUUGCCGGUAUCUUCACCGCUAAGGACCUCGCCUUCCGCGUCGUGGGUGCAGGCCUGAAGGCCCGGGAAAUCAACGUCUCCGAGAUCAUGACCAAGAACCCUCUAUGUGCAAGAACGGACACCAGCGCCACCGACGCCCUCGACCUGAUGGUCCGGAAAGGCUUCAGACAUUUGCCCGUGAUGGACGAGAACCAGGAUAUCUCCGGUGUGCUGGAUAUUACAAAGUGCUUCUACGAUGCGAUGGAGAAGUUGGAACGUGCGUAUAGCUCGUCUCGGAAACUCUACGAUGCCCUGGAAGGUGUCCAGACGGAACUCGGUUCCAGUCAGCCCCAGCAGGUUAUCCAGUACGUGGAGGCUCUCCGGCAUAAGAUGUCCGGCCCGACGCUCGAGACCGUUUUGGACGGCAUGCCCCCGACCACCGUCUCCGUCCGGACCACUGUGAAGGAAGCCGCGGCUAUGAUGAAGGAAAACCACACCACCGCCCUCCUUGUGCAGGACCAGGGAUCCAUCACCGGUAUCUUUACCAGCAAGGAUAUUGUGCUGCGUGUUAUUGCGCCCGGUCUCGACCCCGCGACCUGCAGUGUUGUCCGUGUGAUGACCCCCCACCCCGAUUUCGCUCCUAGCGACAUGAGCAUCCAGGCCGCACUCCGGAAGAUGCACGACGGUCACUACCUCAACCUUCCCGUGAUGAACGAUGCGGGUGAGAUUGUCGGGAUGGUUGAUGUUCUCAAGCUCACAUACGCCACCCUGGAACAGAUCAAUACUAUGCAGUCCCAGGAUGACGAGGGCCCGGCCUGGAACAAGUUUUGGCUGUCAAUGGACCACGAGUCCGACUCCAUGGUCUCUGGAAGCCAGCAGCCCGCGCAGCGGUCAGUACUCAGCCCUGAGUCGCCUAAGGCUCAUUAUGACGCCCGAGACAGCGUUCUCCCCAACGAAUCCGCCUCUCACCACGGUGGAGACGAGCACUCCGAGUACCAUGUGGACCCGCAUCACGGCGAACACAUCUCGUUCCCUUUCAAGUUCAAGGCUCCCAGCGGCCGCGUGCACCGCGUCAACGUGCUCCCCUCGGCUGGCAUCGCCGAGCUGGUUGCUCAGGUGUCUGCCAAAUUGGGCCCCGAAGUGGAGGCCGUUGGCGGUUCUCCCAUCUCCGAGGACGGCAAGCUGAGCAACACGGGCUACGCUCUGAGCUACAUGGACAACGAAGGCGACACCGUCUCGAUCACCACGGAUCAAGAUCUGGCCGACGCGGUCAGUCUCGCGCGCCUAUCGCAUCACGACAAAGUCGACCUCUUCGUGCACGACCCCACACAGCCUCCCAUCCCUGCCACGCUCGACCCCCAACCGGUUCCUGCUCGCCUCGUGGAGGAGAAGAGCGCCGUGUCCGAGUCCCGGUCCGAGGAGGAGUCCCUGGUGGCGAAGCCCCGGACCCCGUCCUUCCCUGCGCACCAACCGGAGGAGCAAUUCAUCGCCGGCGUGCCGAACGACUUGCUGCUUCCCGGCGCGAUUGUGACCCUGGCCGCGGUUAUCGCGGGAGUGUUCAUCCUAAGCCGGGCGACGUCGCGGUAA